UUAUCAAAAAUAGACCAAUUUUAUGCCAGAUCUUCACAUGUUCAUGGACAUUUAAACUCAGUUCUGCUUGAUCUCUGACAACAAAUUGUGUAUGGUUUUAAUAAGCGCCACGUUUGUCAAUUUUCUAAGCUACCUGGGUGAUUAUUACAGCAAAUACAGUAUUCCUAUUUGAACAUGAACAUGAUGAAUGGUGGCAGUAUCUCUUUUUAUUAUUGACAUGGACAGACGCACACAGUCAUGUUUCAGGAAGCUAGAUUCCCCCGCACCUACAAAAAACUGGCUGGACCACCACCACUGGACAAAGAGCCCCAAUAUAACAACACUUAUAGCACAUACUGCUGACCUUUCACCCACCAUGUAUAAUUCUGCACCGUGCUCACAGCAGCCAGUCCUGCUUGACAAAGGAGUAAGGAUCUAUCGAGAGACUUUGCUAUGGUCUACUUCGUCAUCCUUCAACUUCUAACGAGAGCCUAUCAAACAAUUCACCACAACCUGAGCUAAAGAAAACAAACUUCUCCAAUUCCUGAUCAUACUUUCAAAAUGGAAACAACAAAAUGUGCCAACCCUGACACAGAAGAAGACAAUCAUGUGACAGACAGGAAUACCGAAAUGUCUGAUGGAUCAGGUGAUACCCGCAUUGACCAAUCAGAACAAGGAACAGAUGUUCCGCCUGAAACUGUUUCCCAUCAGAAUGAGGCUUCAGAAGAAGAGCAUGAUGAGAAGACCGAUGAUUCAGGGAUCCCAAUAGACCGAGGAUGGUCUUGGAUGAUUGUCGUAGGGUGCUUCGUCAUGCACAUUUUCUGUGUGGGCGGCAUCAAGUCCUUCGGCAUCUUCUUUGUGGAGUUGGAGGAUAGAUUUGAGACGUCAGCAAAAGCUCUUGGAUUUGUACAAGCGGUGGCAAGCACAUUGAUGUUGGGCCUAGGUCCAAUCUCCAAUGCCCUGAGUGUGCGGUUCACCUGCCGUGCCGUGGUGAUGAUUGGCGGCGUGCUGAUCGGUGCUGGCUUCACCUGCACGGCCUUCAUCCCGUCAGUCCCCUGGCUCUACGUCACAUACGGAAUAAUGACAGGCGUGGGGUUUGGCUUGAGUUACGCUCCUUGUGUGGUGAUGGUCGGGCAUCAUUUCGUCAAGCGCCGAUCUUUAGCCAAUGGCAUCUCUGUGGCAGGUAGUGGCGUCGGUCAGUUCGUGCUGCCCAACCUUGUCCGCUAUCUGCUGAAUGAAUACAGCUACCAAGGCUGUAUGUUGAUUAUUGGGGGGCUGAUGCUUAAUGUGUGCGUCUGCGGUGCACUCAUGCGUCCAUUGUCAAGUUACAAGAAAAAAAAGAAAGGGGAGACUGUCAAUCCAAAAGUAGACAAUGUCAAGGAGCUCUUGGAUAGUAGUCUUGAACAAAAUGACCUCAGUGGAAGUUUGACCGAGAAGAAUAGACUUCUUGAUAAAAGAGUUGCACAGUUGACAAACAGUAACCAAGAAAUGUCAGGGUCAAGUCAUUCCUUGGAGUCUGGAUCCCCUGACCGCUAUUUACGCCACAAGAAUCGCCUGAUUGACAGCAAACAGCGCUACUUCUCCGAAGAUGUGCCUGAGCUUCAUGGCUCCAAGCAGUCUCUUGACAACAAACGGCAGCCACCCCAGAGGUUUUACUCCGUCGAAGAGGUCCCUCCUCCUUCCCCACUACGACAUCGUCGACUGAGACAUUUAUCAGAAACCAGUUCAUUCAAAAGCGAAACAUCGCUCUUUGCCAGCACAGGAGACCUUGUGAUAGCUUCGUUACAAAAUAUACCCGGUUCUGAGGUAGAUGUUGUUGAAUCUGACGAACCCGUGACAAAAUAUCGCUGUUGUGAUUUGUGUCGUGUGUCCGAAGCCAAAUCAAAAUCCAGUGUGCCUCUGUUUGACUGGGCGCUCUUGAUGAAUCCAGUUUUCCUUGUGUAUUUAUGUUCAGUUUUAAUCACCAAUUUCGGUUAUCCGAAUGUUUUCAUCAUGCUAGCCUCGUACUGUCAAGAGUUGGAUCUCAACAAAGACACAGCAGCCUUGUUAUUUUCAUUAAUUGGAUUGUCUGACUUAUGUGGUCGAUUAUUUUUUGGUUGGUUUUCCGAUCUCAAAUUUUUUCCAAGAAGGUAUGGAUUUCUCGGCACCAUGGCAAUCAGUGGCAUGUUGUCAAUCCUGCUGCCCCUCUUGAAAUGUUAUGAAAUGUUGAUAUUCUUUUGCUGCACGUACGGAUUCUUCGCAGGGUCAUACAUAGCUCUGAUAGCUGUGGUCCUGGUGGAUUGUUUAGGGAUUGAGAAACUGUCCAGUGCUUUCGGGUUCACGACGCUAUCAAUGUCUAUAUCCCUGCUGAUUGGGCCUCCAAUAGUUGGUGGUAUACGAGACCAGAAUCAGUCUUGGGACCUAUCCUUCGUAUUCUCUGGUAUUGCGGGAAUCCUUGGGGCGGGUAUCGUACUUCUGGAACCCCUAGCUCAGAGGAAGUUGAAAGCAUCAGAGAAGAAGAAAUAUGACAAAGAACUUGAGCUUAAAGCUGUGAAAACAGAAGAAACGUUGUUAGAGAAAAGUUGAUGUUAGCUAGAGUUAAUUAGAAUAGAAUAUAUAGAAUAGGCAUAUAUUUGUGAGGUUAAUAUAUUUUAUCAACGCUUGAUUUAAUUAGCAAUGAUAAUGUUGUAGUGAAAUUAGUAAACUUUUUGCUUUGGUGAAUCGUUUUGAGCAUAUAAUGACUUGCUACACAUUAUAUUUAAUGUAUACUUAAAGGGGCACUGAUCUAAAGCAAUUCCCCGGGACUGGUUGUUGCCUUUGUUAUUGAUUUUUCACCGUGAGUACCCGGAUGAUACGCAACGCAACUGAGCAUGACCAGAG